AUGUCGAGUACUCCCGGUCGUGAGGAAUCAGAGGCCGAUUCCCAACGGCAGCUCAUAUCAGGGACAAGCAAGGGUAAGAACAAGCGCUGGACAGGGCUGCACGCAGAUCCAUGCAUCGUGAGGUUGAGUCGAUGGACUUCCCUUGUGAAGUCGACCAUCAGCGACAUCUUCUGUGAGAUGGGAGAGUCCGCGGAGACGAUAUGGUCAGCCUACAACAAAAAGAUCCUCUCCGGGCUGCAAGCUGUAUCAUCAUCCGGUCGACAACCCUUGCCGUUGCACGAUGUCAGCUUAUCGGAUAUUCGUGUCUUCAUCAAGCAGCUCAACCGAGCCAAGGCUCGCAGACCUCCAACUGUGGGAUGUAUGCGUAUAAUGGCAGAACUCGACAAAUAUCUUGCUUCGCCGGUUGACGUCCACGAGCCGCCUGGUUCGGUCGCUCCUGCUGUCAUGCUAAGGGCUGGUGAACAUCCUGGCAACGGCCCUAAUCCAGUCACGGCAGGAGAUAUAGUGAAGGAAUGGCUCGUGAAAUCUCCUAAGUGUGAGUCCGUAACAUCUGCUCACACUUGCGACGAGUUUGAUUUAGGUGCAUCCACGAGCGACGAGAUGGUGAUCGAUGAACUGGCGGUGAUCCGAGCCAACUGUCCGAAUGAGCCAGCGGGGAUCACGGCCGAAGCUAUAAGUCAGCCAACAUUGAUCCCAGCCUAUUCUCCAAGUCAACCGGUGGCAUCUCUGGAUGAGGGACCAAUACUGAUUCCUGGCGACGAUUUGGGUGCCACCGAAGGGAAGCUCGAUGGUAUCACCAGUCAGGAGAAUGCUAUUGAUGGUGGACAACGCCAGCUUGGCCGGAACCCAACUGAUAUCGUUUGUCCUUACUGUAACCUCCCCAAGAUAUUCAGCGUCAAUCAACAUAUACGGGACGGUCCCCGGUUUGGAUUGUGCCCACUCAUGCCGGAAACAGUCUCGGUUAAGACGGAGCUGAAGCAGGAGGCGACCAAAAGGCUAUCGAACUUGAUCGUUGUCAGUGUCCCAUCGAGUAACAAGCAACGGUGCGGGUAUUGUGGCCUCCUGGUUGGUACUGUGCUUCAAGAUUCAGCGGAUGGGACUAUACUAUCUCCCCAAGUUCUAGGACGACGAGCUUGGUGGAAGACUGUCGUGGUAUUGUCCGGUUGCACCAAGUCAUCCACCUGA